UCCUGCCUCGCCGGUAGUUACGUCAUCUUCCUGUCAGACGGAGCAGAGGCGGCUAAGCUAGCAGGUUAGCAAUGUCAGGUGUAGAAGAAAGUUCACAUGAGUCGGUGGAGGUGAAGGAAAACAACGAGUUUGAUGAUGACGUCGAGGACCAGCUCGGGGACGAUUAUGCUGUUGACCCAACUCGAUAUAUGUUCUACAGGGACAGAAAGGAGUGGGCAGACCUGGAGCCUGUUCCUCAGGAUGAUGGACCAAAUCCUGUGGUGAAGAUCGCCUACUCUGACAAGUUCUCAGAUGUUUAUGACUAUUUCCGUGCACUCCUGAAGAACGAUGAGAGAAGUGACCGGGCCUUCGCCUUGACAGCAGAAGCCAUCGAGCUAAAUGCUGCUAAUUACACAGUGUGGCACUACCGGCGAGUAUUACUUCAAGCCCUUUCAAAGGACCUGGGGGAUGAGAUGAGGUACAUUACCGCCAUCAUCGAGGAGCAACCCAAAAACUAUCAAGUCUGGCAUCACAGACGUAUGGUGGUGGAGUGGUUAAAUGACCCUUCAGAGGAAUUGGAGUUUAUUGCAGACAUCCUCAGCCAAGACGCAAAGAACUACCACGCUUGGCAGCACAGGCAGUGGGUCAUCCAGGAGUACAAACUGUGGGAUAACGAGCUGGAGUUUGUGGAGACUCUUUUGGAAGAAGAUGUGAGGAAUAACUCUGCAUGGAACCAGAGGCAUUUUGUAAUUUCUCAAACCACAGGUUUCUCUGAUCCGACCAUAGUGGAGAGAGAGAUUAAGUAUUGUCUGAAGCAGAUCAGGAAGGCUCCCCACAAUGAAAGCGCAUGGAACUAUUUGAAAGGGAUGCUGCAAGACAGAGGUCUGUCAUCUCAGCCAGGUCUGUUGGAGAGAGUCCUGGAGCUGAAGGACACGCACUGUUCUUCUUACCUGCUAGCCUUUCUGUUUGAUUGCUAUGAGGAUGUCUUGGAGAGCAGCAACCAAAAGGAAAAUGUGGAGGAAGAAGAACGAAAGGGAACUUUAAGAAAAGCUUUAGAGAUCUGUAAACUUCUAGCGCAGGAGAAGGACACCAUUCGUAAAGAGUACUGGCAUUUUUUGGGAAGUUCUUUAAAGAGCAAAUAUGGAAGCAGUGAUAACUCCGAGGAGAAUAUGGCAGACAACGCCGAACCCUCAGUCCCAGCAUCUGUGCAGCAAGAAGCGAGCUAGACCUCCUGGGGACUCGCACCAUUUCCACUCCUGUGCUGCUUCGUCAGGGCUGUUGGCAGAACCAGUCCACGCAGUUUGAUAUUAAUGUCAAUGGUUAAAAUGUUUCGUAUUGAUGAGUAAGUUUCUUACAGUCACCACUAAUAUGAGGUCAUCUAGGAAAAGACUCUGAGACUGAAAGUUUUUUUUUUUUCACACUGAACAACUGUAAGAAGUGACCAUGUUAUUACACAUCAGGCAGUUUCAUACAUCCUGGAACAUUUUUGGAAUGUUGUCAGAUUUAGUCAUAGAAUUAUUCUUUUUCUUGGUUAGAAAACAGCGAGUGGUUUGUGAAACUAAUUUAGCAGUGUUAAAAAAAGCAGAUGAGAGAUGACAUGCAGCGGUUUGUUGCUGCUCUGAUCGAUGACUCAUAACAUGUAGUUAUUUAGUCUUUUUCUAAAUCUGUAGCAGUUUAAAUCAAAUCAAAUAUACUUUAUUGAAAGAAGAAAAAACAGUACACGAGGACAUAUCAUGUAAGACCAUGAAUAAUAAUGCUGAAUAAAAGUGUUUAGUUCUUUAGUUGCACUAAACAAGUGACUUUC